GCCUCCCCUCCUCUCCAGUCUGCACUCAGACUGUGGGACGUGUUGUGGCUGCAGCUCAGUAGGAAACGGGCCUUAGGUACCCGUUCAGUUUGCCAUGCUGAUCACCUGCUGGUGCCUGUACCUGACGGCCCGGAGCUUCGCCGAACAAACACUGAGAAUGGCUUCAAUUGUGCAGAAGCUGAUCACCCCACUGGUCAUCGGUCCUCCUGAGCCCCCCAGGAACAAAGUGACAGUCGUGGGUGUGGGUCAGGUUGGCAUGGCCUGUGCUGUCAGCAUUCUGCUCAGGGAGCUGGCUGAUGAGCUGGCCCUGGUGGACGUGGUGGAGGACAAGCUGAAAGGAGAGAUGAUGGACCUGCUGCAUGGAAGCCUUUUCCUCAAAACACCUAAAAUAGUUGCAGACAAAGACUACUCGGUCACAGCUAAUUCCCGUAUUGUUAUCGUGACGGCUGGAGUCCGUCAGCAGGAGGGAGAGAGCAGGCUCAACCUUGUCCAGCGAAACGUCAACAUAUUCAAGCACAUCGUCCCCCAGAUCGUCCGAUACAGCCCUGACUGCAUCAUCAUUGUUGUUUCUAACCCAGUGGAUGUUCUGACCUAUGUCACCUGGAAACUGAGUGGCCUCCCCAAACACCGCGUCAUCGGCAGUGGCACCAACUUGGACUCUGCACGCUUCCGGUUUCUGAUGGCCGAAAAACUGGGGAUCCACUCCAGUAGCUUCAACGGCUGGAUCCUGGGAGAGCAUGGAGACACCAGCGUGCCUGUGUGGAGCGGAACUAACGUGGCCGGAGUUAACCUGCAGACGUUAAACCCAAACAUCGGCACUGAAUUUGAUGAGGAGAACUGGAAAGAGACUCACAAGAUGGUGGUGGACAGUGCCUACGAGGUGAUCAAACUGAAGGGUUACACCAACUGGGCCAUCGGUCUGAGUGUGGCCGACCUGACGGAGAGUCUCAUGCGGAACAUGAACAGAAUACAUCCAGUCUCUACCAUGGUGAAGGGCAUGUACGGGAUCGGUGAUGAGGUCUACCUGAGUCUGCCCUGCGUGCUGAACAGCGGAGGCGUGGCCAGCGUGGUCAACAUGACCCUGACGGACGACGAGGUGAACCAACUGCAGGCCAGUGCCAACACUCUGUGGGACAUCCAGAAGGACCUGAGGGACGUCUGACCCGACUACGAUAAUACUUAGUCACCUGCAGCAUGGUCACAAACACCACGCAGCUCCACGGCCUGCUCCUCAGCCGCCGCUCUCACAGCCCUGACAGGUCAUCAGGCUGCAGGAGUGAGCUCCUAUGGUUGAUGAAGAGGAGACAAACUGGACGAGGUGAUUCAGAAACUCUCAUGUUUCUAGCUGUGUUGAAGCGUGGAGCCCUGUGCUGCUUGUGUUGCUGUGACGUGAAAUAAAACAUGCUUACUGCUG